AUCAGGAAUAGGAAAAUCGCGAGAAAUGAAGUCAAACUCCCUGUUCACCCAUGCAGAAGAAUCAUUAUUGGCAAAUUUAACUGUUGAAAUAGAAUCGUCUAAGGCUGCCCUUAAUGAUCUCAUUUAUAUAUUUAUCGAUUUAAUUGAUGGACAUCAUGCCAAAGAACGAAUAGGAGUGCAUGUUGCAAUAGCUGCGGGCUUGAUAGAAAAUACGCCAAAUUUCAUUGAACUCUAUUGUUUUGAUAAUGUGAUACAAGCCGCCGUUUCAAAGCAAUAG